CAAGGAGAAAUAUUGAAUGCCGUCGAAGUUCACUGGAGGUCGAUUUCGGGCACUGCGUCGGUUCCCGCUAAGGUGGAAUCGCUGCGCCCGGGCUUGCUUUUGCGCUAUCGCCAAAUCGGUGCUCUAAGCAACCUCACUCACCAAGCUCCCAGCUCCCACCGCUGGCCCUCCACCACCCGCACCACGGCACAAAGUUUCAGCAGAUUAGACGAGCUCUCCGCGAAACCGCCAUCAUGUCGCAAAUUCAUUCCCUGUCCGACGACCAGGUCGCCGGCGAGCUGAAGAAGAUGACCGCCUUCAUCAAGCAGGAGGCUGAUGAGAAGGCCAACGAGAUACGAAUCAAGGCCGAGGAGGAAUUCGCAAUCGAGAAGUCGAAGCUCGUGCGCCAAGAAACCUCCGCCAUCGACUCGUCCUACGAGAAGAAAUUCAAACAGGCCAGCAUGUCGCAGCAGAUUACACGCUCCACCGUUGCGAACAAGUCACGAUUACGCAUCCUCUCCGCCCGCCAGGAGCUGCUGGAUCGGCUGUUCGAGGACGCAAGCAAUAAGCUGGCCGAGGUGUCGAAAGACAAGGGUAGAUACCAGGGCAUUCUGAAGAACCUGAUACUGGAGGGCGCAUAUGCCUUGGCCGAGGAUAAACUGCAGGUCAAGGCGAGGAAGGCGGACUACGAUAUCGUGAAGAAGGCCAUCGACGAGGCGCAGUCGGAGUAUAAGAGCAACGUCGGGAAGGAGACCUCUAUCACCAUCGACGAGCGUGAUCCACUACCAGAGGGGUCAUCCGGCGGCGUCAUCAUAGCUGGUACCGGCGGCAAGAUUGACAUCAACAACACCUUCGAAGAACGUUUGAAGCUCCUCGAGUCAGAUGCCUUGCCAUCGAUCAGGGUCACUCUGUUUGGAGAGAACGAGAACAGGAAGUUCCGCGACUGAGAGCUCGCGGCUAUUGCUGAAAGUGGGACUUUGGUCGGGGAGCGUAUCUACCGGAUGAAGAUACUCCAGCACGCACAGCGGAGCGCUUGAAGGUGCAGCGAUGGUUCAUUUCCUUUAGAUCCACGGCCGUCGAGGACCAUAUUUGCGCGUGGGGUGUCGUCCACGUUCUGGGGAAGCUUGUAGAAUACUCGGAGGAUUUGCGGACAUCCUCUGUGCAACCUGUUACACAUCUGUCGACAAUUAAGCGUCAAACAUCUUACGAGUCCGGCUGAAGCAAGGCGCGUCACUUAGAAAAGAAACUAACUGACAGCUGCAGUAUUGGUCGCUAGUGCC